UUCCCAAAAUCCAGAAGUGCGUCAGACUACGUGGAAACCGGGAGCGUUACGUAACGAGCGUGACAGAUAAAACGUCCGCACCGUCACUACAGGCAGACACUGAGCCGUGCCGUGCCGUGCCGUACCACACCGCCCUGAAGCCUCAAACCGGACGAGAACCGCAGACAUGUCCGCGUGCGAGCUGGAGUCGCUGGAGAAGUGUCUCGAGUCCCACCUCCCGGAGGCCGAGCUCGCGCAGGUGAAGCGCAUUUUGUUCGGGAAGGACAUAGAGAAGCUGGAUCUCCCGGCCUGUGCUGUGGAUGCUGCCUCUGAGCGCGACUUUGAGCUGAAGGGUUACAGAUUUGAGGCCGCGCAGGAGCAGCUGAGGCCGCCCAGGAGGAUCCGCGUGGGGCUGAUUCAGCACCGCAUUGUUCUGCCCACUGAUGCCCCCGUCCUGGACCAGAUCAAUGCCAUGCAUAGCCGGGUUGGUGAAAUGGUCGAGGCGGCAGCCAUGUGCGGCGUGAACAUCAUCUGCUUUCAGGAAGCCUGGACCAUGCCCUUCGCUUUCUGCACCCGCGAGAAGGAACUGUGGACGGAGUUUGCAGAGUCUGCUGAAGAAGGAAGCACCACACGCUUCUGCCAGGAGCUGGCCAAAAAACACAACAUGGUCGUUGUUUCUCCGAUCCUGGAGCGAGACGAGCUGCGCAGCACCCUGUGGAACACGGCGGUGGUGAUCUCCAACUCUGGAAAUGUGAUGGGAAAGAGCAGGAAGAACCACAUUCCCCGGAUCGGAGACUUCAACGAGUCUACAUAUUAUAUGGAGGGCGACACCGGCCACACGGUGUUCCAGACGCAGUUCGGGAAGAUAGCUGUGAACAUCUGCUACGGGCGCCAUCACCCCCUCAACUGGUUCAUGUACAGCAUGAAUGGAGCUGAGGUCAUCUUCAACCCCUCAGCGACUGUUGGAGCUCUCAGUGAGCCCAUGUGGCCUAUAGAGGCCAGGAAUGCUGCUAUAGCUAACCACUGUUUCACUUGUGGCAUCAACCGUGUCGGGACGGAACAUUUCAAAAAUGAAUUCACAUCUGGUGAUGGAAAAAAAGCUCACCAUGACUUUGGAUACUUCUAUGGAUCCAGUUAUGUGGCGGCUCCUGAUGGCAGCCGCACCCCGGGGCUCUCUCGAACCCGUGACGGACUACUGGUGGUAGAGAUGGAUCUCAACCUGAACAGACAAAUCAGCGAUAAAUGGAGUUUUAAGAUGACUGGGCGGUAUGCAGAGUAUGCAGAGGAACUUGCCAGGGCUGUCAGCCAUGACUUCACACCCAACAUAGUGAAAGAGUAGAUACCCUAAUAUUCCACUGUAGGCCUUUUAAGCUCAAACACAGCAGGUUCACUUCAUUUCAUUUGAUACUGUGUUUAUAUUUGUCAGGUCUGUCAGACUGGUUUUGUUGUUUCCAUCACUGUUCUUUACAUGUGGAUAACUAAUGAUUCAUCUCUUGAUUUGGCUGUUGAUGAUUUGACACAGUCCUGCAUUUUUCAGCUGUGAACAGUGGCCACUGCAGCCACAAGUUACACUUGGGGGAUAAUGCCAAAGCUGUAUUGUAACAAUAACACAAAUGGAGAUGAGUCACAAAGUCAACUGACAUUGUGAUGUUACACACCGAUAUGUCUUAAGCUGGCUAACAUUAGCUAACGUUAGCUACUGUAAGCUAGAGGUCAAACUACACCCAGUAAGCAGAGUGUACUGAAUUGAGGAAGGCUUUUGCUUUUUAAUUCAGCUUUUCAUCAGUAAGAGGAAGUACAUGUGUUCUGAAAAAAAUGAAUUUAGUCCUGUUUUAAGCUUUAACUUGAAGUGCAGGUUCAUUGACAGUUGUCUGGAUAAUGACUUUUUCCACUUUUAAAGAUGAUUCCAUACAUCUGAUGAGAUAUUAUUUUUGUUACGAGGAACCCUCUGGCCAAAUGUUAGUAUAUAGAUUCCUCAUUACAUACUCGUGUACCAAAGAAAAAUGACAAGUGUGAAGCACAUGUUGAAACCCUUUAAUCACAACAUAUAAUAAAUGCAGCUCUAUGUUUAAUAAAAAAUAAAGUUUGCUGU